UGAAAAAACGCACAUAACCACUUAUAAGAACACCAGAAAAGAAUGCAAAGCCAUUUCACAAAAACGCCGAAGAAACACGAACAUUCUGCAAGACCACUCCACAAGUCACCAGCGACGCAAAAUCAAUUCACGAAAUCUAACGGUGGCACCAAACCAACAACGACAACAACACUAG